AUGGAAAAUCUUCCCCAAGUGUGUAACAGAAAUCAAAGGAGAAGGAGCUCCAGACACUCCACCGGAUACCUCGGAGUACGCCGGAGGCCGUGGGGCCGAUACGCCGCGGAGAUUCGGAAUCCGUAUACCAAAGAGAGACAUUGGCUGGGCACAUUUGACACUGCUGAGGAAGCUGCAUUGGCUUAUGAUCUUUCAUCCAUAUCUUUUAGUGGGAUUGAAAGAGCUCGGACCAAUUUUUACUACCCGUUUUCGGCUCCUCCGUCGCCUUCACCACCACCUCCGCCGCCACCAACACCGGAAUUGGAAGAGGGUGGCCAGCAUUGCAUGGAGAUGAGUUCCGUUGAAGAUGAUGAGUCUCUUGUCAUUGCGUCCAUCUUACAGAGUUUUUGCCAAUCUAGUAACCUUUCAAUUUAG